AUGAUGUAUUUAAAAUUAUUUCUUUUCACCAUAUUUAACUGUUUUUAUGUCGAAGUAUACUCAUCCUAUUCUACAACCACCGAAUUCAUUGGUAAUGAAAUAAAUCACGCUCAUAUAGCUGGAGCAUCAGUGAUUGUGUUUGAUCGUUCAAAUAUUCUUUAUCAAAAAUCAUUUGGUUUUGAAUCAAUUGAAAAUAAAAAAUUAAUAUCUGAUCAAUCAAUAUUUCUAUUAGCAUCAAUUUCAAAAACAUUUAUAGCUAUUGCUGCGAUGCAAUUAGUUGAACAGAAUAAAUUAAAUCUGGAUAGUGAUGUAAAUAUUUAUCUUAGUACAGUAAAUUUAUCUAAAUUACAUCAUCCACUUUAUCCAAAUGAUAUAAUCACAAUGAAACAUUUAUUAACUCAUACAGCUAGCAUAACUAUUGAUACUAGAACACAAUUUAGUCUAAUAUCACCAUAUGAUAAUUAUACAAAAACAACAAUUAGACAAUUAUAUUCAAAUUAUUUAAUACCAGGUGGUAGUUUAUAUUCUAAAAAUAAUUGGUUAAAUUCAACAGUGGGAACCGAGUAUCAUUAUUCAAAUAUGGGAACAACUGUUGCUGCAUUAAUAAUUGAAAUUAUAACAAGUAUUUCGUAUGACAAUUAUAUUAGAAAAAAUAUUUUAGAACCAUUAGAUAUUCAAGAUGCAAGCUAUGCUCUAUCAGGAUUUAGUGAUGAACAAAAAAUACAUUUAGUACAACCAUAUGCUUAUAAUGUAACUAAAAAUGAAGCAAUUGGACUUACAACGUUAUUCAAUAUUGAUUUUGAUGGAUUUGAAGAUAUUGUCGAUGAUAAUGGUACAAAAUGGCUACAUAUUAGUUUAUUUGGCUAUUUAGAUUGGCCAUCGGGAUUGCUAAGAAUGUCAGCUCUAUCAUUAGUAAAAUAUUUACAAAUGUUUAUGAAUAAUGGUACAUCAUUAAAUAAAGUAAAAAUUCUAAAUUCACAAUCAGUAGCACUAAUUCGUCAAGUUCAUUUUUCUAUUUCACCACCAUUUAUGUCAAGUGGUCUUCUAUGGAGUUAUGAGAAUUAUACAUCUCAGAGUCAAAAUCAUAUUGUAUUUGGACAUCAUGGUGCAGUGGUUGGUACACGAACGGCGAUGUUCUAUGAUCCAUUGACUAAUAUUGGUGUGAUAUUAUUAUCAAAUGCAGAUACAGUUUUUAAUUCAUAUCAAACGAAAAUUGUAGAACAAACAUUUAACAAUAUUAUUACUCAUUUAUUUGAUUAUUACAAUAAACACAAUCAUAGUGAAGCAAUACAAAGUUAUCCGUUUAUUGUAGGACUUUACUUAAUUUCAUUUUUUCUUCUAGAAGCUAUUGCGUUUUAG